AUGCAUCUACUAGGAGAGUACUUCGACGAGCGUGAGUGGCAGCUGGACUUCGAGACCCCAUUUUAUAUAAUCAGGAAAGAAACUCUGACAAACUAUAGCGGCUACUCAGCCACCAAAGGCAUCAAAGAAACCAUGUCAAGCAUGUAUCUGGCCUGCACUAAAUAUGAUCGUAUGUAUAGGCAGUGCAUCAACACUUUUGGCGCAGAGCUCAUCACUGAUAUGUUCAACAAAAAGCACGCUGACUGCAACAGAAUCUUAGAGUCCUUCAGCAACUGUGUGAGGAACCAUCAGUGGUUCCAUGAAACCAAAAAAUACUUCCCUGAAAGAUUUGGCGCUUGGAAAGGAAUGAAAGACUACAAGGGACUUGGAGGCUCAACUUAUAUAACCCCACAAGAUAUUUAA